CGGCCACUUCGUUUGAAUUUAUUCAUACACUUUCUUCCGCACACUUUCUUUCUGCUUUGUGUGUGUAAGAGAGAAGAGAAACUGUGAAUCACUGAAACGUGGAUCCUAAAGCAGAAGAGAAGAACAACAACGAUAUCAGUCAGUGAACAGCGAAGAUGAAGACGAAGACGCCAUUGAAGCAGCUAAAGCUCGCCGUUCCUGCUCAGAAAACCCCCAUUACCUCUUUCCUGACUGCUAGUGGAACGUUCCAUGAUGGAGAUCUACUGUUGAAUCAGAAAGGGUUGCGUCUUAUCUCUGAAGAAAAGGAAUCACGGCCUUCGGAUGGUAAGGAACUGGAAUUUGACUUCACACUGGAUGACCUUGAGACCGUCAAAGUAAUUGGAAAAGGCAGUGGUGGUGUGGUACAACUUGUUCGCCAUAAGUGGGUUGGAAGAUUGUUUGCUUUAAAGGUUAUUCAGAUGAAUAUACAAGAGGAUAUUCGAAAACAGAUUGUUCAGGAACUGAAAAUAAAUCAGGCGUCACAGUGUCCACAUGUUGUAGUUUGCUAUCACUCGUUCUAUCACAAUGGAGUUAUAUCACUUGUGUUAGAAUACAUGGAUCGUGGUUCUUUAGCAGAUGUAAUCAAACAAGUUAAAACUAUUCUGGAACCAUAUCUUGCCGUGGUUUGUAAGCAGGUAUUGCAAGGUCUUGUUUAUCUGCACAAUGAACGACAUGUAAUACACAGAGACAUUAAGCCAUCCAAUCUGUUAGUUAAUCACAAAGGGGAGGUGAAAAUUACUGACUUUGGUGUUAGUGCUAUGCUGGCAAGCUCAAUGGGUCAAAGAGAUACAUUUGUUGGAACUUACAAUUACAUGUCGCCAGAAAGAAUCAGUGGGAGUACUUAUGAUUAUAGCUGUGACAUCUGGAGUUUGGGUAUGGUAGUGCUUGAAUGUGCCAUAGGAAGAUUUCCUUAUAUUCAGUCCGAGGAUCAGCAAAGCUGGCCUAGUUUUUAUGAGCUUCUGGCAGCAAUUGUGGACAGUCCCCCUCCUUCUGCUCCUCCUGAUCAGUUCUCCCCGGAGUUCUGUUCAUUCGUGUCAUCCUGCAUCCAAAAGGAUCCUCGUGAUAGAUUAACAUCCUUGGAGCUUCUGAGUCACCCUUUCAUAAAAAAGUUCGAAGAUAAAGAUCUUGAUCUUGGGAUUUUGGUAGGUAGCUUGGAACCUCCUGUAAAUUUUCCCAGAUAAUUCUUAUAAUGUAGAGUGUAAAAUUUGUGCUAGACAGCCAUAGCUCUUGGUUACAGGAAGAAAAUUCUCAUCAGUUAUGCUAUAUGAGUAUACUUGUAUCAGUCCUAGGCUUGGUGACUUCAUUACAGUUUUCUGAAAGCUGCUGAUAUGUAUAAUAGUUGUUUCUUA